AUGGCAUCAACAGAGGAAGCAACAGUGUUACUAUUAGAGUUCGAAGACAUUUCCAGUGAUGCUAGUCAGGCCACUCCAAGACAAACGCUGUCCCCUGGAUCACCCCUUACCAGUCCUACCGACGGCAACAAUCAGAACCAGUCGCAUGAUGUAAAACCUACUGCACAGACAACAACCAAUUAUGGAGCAGUGGAUACAACAGGUGUCACGCGUAAUCAUACAAAUCAUACAUCUUCUCCUCCUGCCUAUCGCCCUGGUACUAAUCCAGAUGGGACACAUGUUAUACACAUAACCGACGGUGGACAGGUCAUUCCGGACAUUAAUGUGUACCAGCAGAAAAAGAGCCUUGCCCAGGGUAUGAUGGAUCUGGCCCUGCUGUCCGCCAACGCGAAUCAACUGCGUUACGUGCUGGAGUCGUGCCAAAAUCACCCAUUUUUCUACGUAAACCUCGUCUUGAUCUCGACCAGCAUUUUCAUCCAGGUCGCAGUCGGUUUCGGGUUGAUCUGGAAGAGCCAGUAUAACCUGAACAAUCAAAGCGAUUUUCGCGCAGCAUCUCGGAUCAACAAUCUCGUCUCGAUCGGAAUCUUCAUCAUAACACUCGUUAACGUAAUGAUAUCGGCGUUCAAUAUUGCAGAAAUCUCCAAAUCGUAG